AGAAGUAGCGCGUGCCCCGGGAACAAGUAAUUCUAAAACCGGGGAUGGGGGAGGCAAUGGGGCAUUAUCGGUAAGGUAAUUGCCGUUACCGAUAAUGUCCAAAAUCGUGACUAUCUGUCGAUCCCUAGUAGAGAGUGGGGGCUGUUGCCCGUAACAACCAAUCAGAUUGCUUGUUUCAUUUUUAAAAAGGACUCUGAAAAAUGAAAGCCACAAUCUGGUUGUACUUUCUCUACACAGGUUUUGAUAAAUCAUCACCUAUAUAUUUAAAGGAGUUUUACUUCCAUAGACAUCUAUGAUAUUAAAGGACAAGUAUCAUGUAAAAAAAAAAAAACUUUCUGAAAGAUAGGGGAUAAGGUUUUUUUUUUUUUUUAGAUUUGGGAAGGGGGUGGUCCGAGCGCUGGGGCCCCCCCAAUCUCCUUUUUAGAGCCCCUGCCCUCCUAUACAGCGGCAUGUCAUCCCGCCCGAAGCCUUCGGCUCUCCCAUAGAACUAUGUAGAGGGGACGCGGCUGCUGGUAUAGGGGCUCUAAACAGGAAAUCGUGGGGUACCCCAUGCAGUCUAAAACUUAUCCCCUAUCCUUUUAGAAAGUUUUUUUUUUUUUGGUGAUACUUGCCUUUAAGGGCCCACCCAUCUUAUUAGAAAUGGAACCCCUGAUAUUAAGUUAGGCAGCUUAGACAUUCAGGUGGAUACGAAAAAGAGACAUUUGAGUAACGUUGACUCUAUAGUCAUUGGAUAAGGCUCAAUGCUGCCAUCUGUAUCUUGACUGACAGCUUGUGCACUUCAGAUAUAAUCAUCUGUUGAUAAAUGGAAACCGACCACUUGCUGCUGUUUACUGGUCUAUCAUUGUUCCUGUUCAGUAUUUUCCGUGCAUAAUGGUGAUGUUUUUAAACUAAACAGCCUAUGGGUCCUUCCACAGUAUGUUAACCUGUUAAGGUUAUUUGGAUGUGAAUCCAGACCUGUCAUACAGCAGAUAGUCUGCGUGUGUCCAGAAAGCAACAGAUGCUACAUUUUAUAUUUGUGUGACUAUAUAGCCAAUGCUAGUCAAGUCUAGAGCUUUAUUUUAAAAGUGAUAUUUAGCAGUUGAGUAAUUAUUUCUUCGAAACUUCGUUUUACUUCAUCCAUCUUAAUGUUUAAAAACUCAAAUUAAAAUAAACGAAUGGGUAGACAUCUGAUUCAAUUUUGUAAUUCACUAAAAAUAAUCCAUUUUUGGUAACUUUUUUUUUAAUUCCUGACUAGACCAUGUGGGACCCUCUUCAAAUCACUGCAAUGGGCCAGGCUUUUAAAAAGUGUUGUAGAAAAACAUGUCAGCUUUCUUCUAAAAUAGAGCCACUUCUUGUGUGAUGUUGCAGACUACUACUAUAGGCUACGUUCACACUAUAGAAAAAGCUCCGUUACAAAUGGACAUUAUGGCUCCUUUAUUAAGAAACCUGAAGACAUGAGAUGUGGAUUACAAAAGCUAAGGGGCAGUCUUGUCUGCCCUCACUUGCACUAUAGCAUCUUCUGUCUGAAAUCUAACCUUUAUGGAUGUCACCAGUGUAAAUUUAGAGACAAUAAAAAAUGUUAAGGCAUCAAUUUUCUUAAGGUGCUAUAGUUUGGAUUGUCUCAUUUGCAAUAAUUUUUCUUUACUCGCCAAUGUAUAUGGUAAUUAAAUGAAAACUUAGUGUAUGGUACAUUUAAAAAAAAAAGCACAAAGUUUUAUUAUCUGUUGUCAAUGUUUGUUUCAUGUACCUGUAAAAAGUCAGAUUUCGUCAUCACAGACAGGCAAGUCCUUUCAUUGCUCCCCAAGGGGAAUUUUGUAUUUGAUAUCCAUUCAAUUGGUUACUUAAUAUUACAAACGUUAUUCCACAUUCUGCUUCUGAACUCCUUUUAUAUGCAAAAAGCUAAACCGACUGUAUGAACUUUAUAGUUCAGAUGUAGCAGACGUUAUCCUGAGUAUGUUUGCCUGUUGGUGGUGGCACAUCUGAUUUGCACAAAUGGGAAAUGAGAAUGUUGAUGAUAAUGUGAAGAAAGUGUUAUACACAAUUAAAACAAUUGUUUUCUAUGUGACCAUGUAUUACAGGACAGAAAUAAGAUCUGUCUCACUGCCUGUUUGUAAGGCUACUAGACAUCAGUUAUAAAGUCCAAAUCGACCAUAUGAAUGUAUCAGAAUGUGUGAAAACAGUAUAAAGAUGUAAAAAAGGACAUUACUGUGACAGCUUUGGAAGGAUCAGUACUGGUUUAUGGCCUUACUGUGAUUAUUUGAAUGCUUUCCACAUCUGUGUGGAGACAAAUGGUUCUAUUGUUAUGCAGACAUAAUGGCGUUCCAAGCUAUACCAUACAGUUUCCAUUCCUAUUAAGUGCUUUGUAUUCUCUUCAGCCUUGUCACCACUAUGAUGCAUCCCUCGAAAUAUCUUGUCAGUCCAUGGACUCAGUACUUGUUCAGUCAGUUUUCCUAGCCUUAGCCACUUAUUUUUCACUUGCAAGGGGCAUUAACAUUAUGUUUGUGCCAUCCGUGCAGUCCCGGAGUCUACAUCCAUGCAUUAGUUAUUUUGUUAGCUUUGCACCAAUUAAUUUGAGGGAUAGAAUCUUCCCUCAGCUAGAGUAGCUCCGUCAUCCUUCUCCCCUAUCACUGAUCUUUACACUUUGGGGAAAUGUUUUUAUGUACUACCACCACCACCACCAACAACAACAAAAAAUGUUCUAUUUUGCACUCUUGAUUAAAUACUUCUACAGGUUGACUGACCUUCAACAAGAACAGAAAAAAAAUAAAGCGGAAAAAUCACUUAAGCGAAUCAGAUUGCGUGUUCGAGCAGAGUACUGCCACCAUGACACGAUUCUUAACGAAAACGUACUGUCUAUAAAGCAGGAUCCAUUGGAGAAGCAGUUUGAUCUUUUUAGCCAGUCCAACACUGUGCUGAAAUCCAGAGACCUUGGCUCCAUUAUCUGUGAUAUUAAGUUCUCUGAAUUGUCUUACCUGGAUGCCUUCUGGACGGACUACAUGAAUGGCUCCCUGCUGGAAGCUUUGAAAGGUGUUUUCAUCACAGACUCUCUGAAGGAAGCUGUAGGACAAGAGUCCAUUCAGCUUCUUGUUAAUGUAGAUGAAGAUGAUUAUGAAGAAGGUCGGAGAUUGUUGCUGGAGAAUUGUCCCCAGAGGUCAGAUUGAAUUCCUCUAAUGUAGGACCUGCAACAUGUUCUCAUCUGAGUUGAGAAGUAAUUUACUGUGUUAAGUGCCUGCUGGUCAUCAGGAAUACAAAGUAUAUAUAAACUGUUUUGGCUACUCCUCACUUGUCAGUCCUACAUUUCUAAAGAGUAGUUUGCUACUUGAAGAGUUAUGAGGGGUUGUUUUCUAAGGUGUUGUGAAUUGGCAAAAAGCUCCAAAGCAGAGACUGAUAUACACACGGUCCAUUCCUGUGCAAAAAAACAGGUCUGUUGCCAUGGGAUGUCAUAGGAAAUGAAGCCAGCAGAGUGCUAUCCAGGGAGCAUGAAGAAAUGUCAGAAAUAAUUUAUUACAGUGGGCAUAAUGGACUAUUGUUCUUGUUUUGAAGAGCUUAUUGCAUUUUCACAUUCCAAAGUAUGCAGGCAGUCUAACAUAGAUGGUACUGUCUGUGUAUUUUUUAUUUUUUUUUGUCAUUUCUCUAGACAAAGGGAAAGAUAUAAUUUUUUUUUUUUAUAUGUACACACAGUGUAAGCAAAAAAUUUGCCACGUUAAUUUGUAUAAAAAGAUUAGUAGUUUGUGGCACUUGGUCUGUAAAGACGUCCUUUAUUUAUUUUCCCUUUUAUUGGAAAGUUUAUUUUGGAAGUCUAGAAUUUAUGGUAAGCAAAGAAAUAUUAAAGUAAAAAUAAUAUAUGUAUAAAUGAAACCAUGAAAAUAAAAUAUGGUAGAGAGACAGUGAUAUAGAUUACUAUUGGCAGCUCCACAAUGAGGCACGGCCAUUUUUAAAGUAUACCUCUACCUCGUGGCUUUACUCCAGCUUCCUACUUGGACUGUAGCCACAAUGUAAGGAAUAUGGUAACUGAUGAGUGUUUGCCUAUAGUAGGGUUCUGUUAGUGUACACAGCGAAGGGAUACGUGUGUAGAGAACCAGUAUUCAACCUUUCAGUUCUUACACCUCAGUGGGCAUCAUAUGCCAACUGUCUAGUAUCUUAAUAGGGUUGAAUUUACAUUUAGUUUUUUUUACAUUUUUAUUUCAAUUUCCUCUGAUUUCUAUAGACAACUUAACUUAGCGUUUGGGUUGCUACCUUGUGGUGCUGGUUAGUAUUGACAAAAUGAUGCGCCAGUGGUUUCAAAGUACAAUGCAUAAGAGGGAGAUGCAGACUGUUUGUUCCAGUUCACCCAUUUGUUAAGGAGUGAUAUUUAGGAACCAUAUCCACCUGCACCAGGUAUUAUUUUGUUACCAAACGAUGUCAUCCCUUGGACUUGUAUGAAUUCAUGUUUGUAUUGGAUCCCAUCAAAAGGGAUAUUUUUACUAUGUAAAUAAGAAGCUUUCAGAGAAAGCUUUGUAAAAAAUUAAUUUUGUUACAAAAAUAUUUCUAAAUGUCACUUGUAAAAAAAAAAAGUAAUAAAGAUGUGUUCAGUCUUG